AUGGGGCAUAACAAGGAGAAGCGUUUUGAGUGUGACUUGUGUGGCAAGGCCUGGCAGUGCCCGAGCCAGCUGGAGAUCCACCGGCGGGUUCACACGGGAGAACGCCCCUUCAACUGCUCGGAAUGCGGCAAGAGCUUCACCCGCUACGGCAACCUGCAGCAGCACAACCGUGUGCACUCCAGCGAGAGGCCCUUCACCUGCUCCGACUGCGGCAAGAGCUUCAAGACGGCGAAUGAGCUGAAGAUGCACCGGCAGGUGCACACGGGCGAGAAGCCCUAUAGCUGUUCCACCUGCGGCAAGAGCUUUGCCCGGUUGUUGGGGCUACGGCAGCACCGGCGGGUGCACAGCAGUGAGUGGCCCUUCACCUGCUCUGACUGCGGCAAAGGCUUUAAGUCGUCACCAGACCUGAAGCAGCACAGGCGCCUGCACACCCUGGAGCGGCCCUACACCUGCAACGACUGCGGCAAGGGCUUCAUCCGCUCCAGCAACCUGCUGGUGCACCAGUGCACCCACACCGGCGAGCGCCCCUACACCUGUGUCCAGUGCGGCAAGGGCUUCACCCAGUCCACCAGCUUGCGGAAGCACCAGCGCACCCACACCAGCGAGCGCCCCUACACCUGCGCCCAGUGUGGCAAGGGCUUCACCCAGUCCAGUCACCUGCUGGAGCACCAGCGCACCCACACCGGCGAGCGCCCCUACACCUGCAGCCAGUGCGGCAAGGGCUUCACCCACUCCAGCAACCUGCUGAGGCACCAGCGCACCCACACCGGCGAUCGCCCCUUCACCUGUGCCCAGUGCGGCAAGGGCUUCACCCACUCCGGCAACCUGCUAGUGCACGAGCGCACCCACACUGGCGAUCGCCCUUACACCUGCACCCAAUGCGGCAAGAGCUUCACCCAGUCCGGCAACCUGCUGGAGCACCUGCGCACCCACACCGGUGAGCGCCCCUACACCUGAGCCCAGUGCGGCAGGGCUUCACCCAGUCCAGUCACCUGCUGGUGCACCAGCGUAACCACACUGGCAAGCGCCGCUUCACCUGCACCCAGUGCGGCAAAGGCUUCACUCACUUCUCCAAGCUGCUGUCCCACCAGCGCACCCACACCGGCGAGCGCCCCUAUACCUGUGACCA